AUGAGAUUAAGAAAAUCAGUAUUGGCAGGUUUAGCAGUUGCCCUAAUCAUAGCGGCAUAUCUAGGAUUUGCUGAUAUUAGCUUGGAACAUGAUAAAUUGGUACAUUUCUUUGUGUUCUUUGGACUUACGUUAAUGUUUUAUUGGUUAUUUGAGACUUCUAGUACAAGAGCUAUAAGGAAUCUUACAUUUAUUAUAUGUACAUUAGCUGGUGGUAUUGGCUCGGAAUUCAUUCAAGGCCUAUUACCAUAUCGUACAUUUGAUCCAAAGGAUAUAAUAUGUAAUGUUUUGGGCUCAUCGUUAGCAUUAAUUUUCUCAGUUAUUUAUCAUAAAAGAAUUGUGGAACAAAGAAGACAACAGCGUUAUGAACAGUUGAGAAGUUCAAUUCCAUUAGAUGUUGAAGAUGUUGAUUUUGAUAUGGAUGUUGAGAGCGGUGCUCAAAGUGAUCGCUCAAAUGAUUUAAGCAAAUUUUCAAGUAGAGAAGAUGUUACAGAUAUAACGUUGAAAAAUAUAAAACCAGAACCGGUUGAUGAUUUAAGUGUGGAAUAG